AGUUUCAGACGGAUAUAAAUGACUCAAUUAUCCUUGUCAAUCCAUCGACGACGUCUGCGCCAACGAGUGGAAUGGAAACUAACAACGUUGCAAAUCCAAAUCAACAACCACCAAUCGAACUAUUUCAAAAAGAUCCUUCUGAGCCUUCAGAUGUAUAUCUAGGGAAAGAACAACAAGAUGAAAAUAUUCUCAAUUUUCAAGCUAACGAAUCUUUAUCCAAUGAACAUCAAGGACGAAAUAAAUCAGAAAACGUAAUUUCAUCCGGUAGAGACCAACUAGUGAAUACAACCAUGUUCGACAACAUAAAUGACAUUGAGAUGCAAAAAAACAAAUCUACACAAGACUUAAUUGAAAGUAUUCCUAAUUUAUAUCGUUUAUUAGACUUAUGCAAAGACGAUGGUUCGAAUGGUCUUGUCGAUAAAACAAUUAUUUCCAAGGAUUUUCUAAAGAAACUAUGUAACGAUAUGGUUCCAUCAAGUUUUAAGUCUAUUUCUGAAAUCAAUUAUGCAGAAUUGAACUCAAUUUCUGUUCGCCUUAUUGGAUGUUACGGAAAUCGCCAUUUAAUUGCAAAACUCUUGUUGAAUCUAGAGAUUAUUAAUCAACAAAUAUAUGACUUGCUUAUUGUCUCGCAGCCUUCUAUCGACAACUCAAAUAAACCUUUUUUACAUCCUGGUAUUUACUUACUGGUUUUGAAUCCAGAUUUUGGUUUAGUUAUUCAUUGGCCCGAAGUAGGAUGCUACAAGGAAAAUGCUCCUUCACAAUGUAAAAAGAAUAUGACUAACCUACAUAGAUAUCUGACUAAGGUUACCGAGCAUCAGCUUUGCCUUAUGAGUGAUGAAGAUUUAGAAAGUUUCGAUUGGAAUUUAUACAAUACCGAAGUUGAUUCAGACGACGAUAAAGGGAUUCAUGAAUUUGAAGUCAAGAAAAGUCAAGAAGUACAGGAUGACUUUAAAAUCUGUCCCGGCUUUAAGGUGAAUUUAUCCGAUAAAAUUAAAUCCGAAAUACAAAAUACUCAAGAAGAUGGUGUACCCUUGCAUCCUAUUGUUAUUGAAUCUGCUAAAAAUCAAUCGUUUGUUACUCGGAGAUUAAUAAAUGAGACUAUUCGUCCGCAAGUAUUCCAUUUAUGGCUUUAUAUAUCGGAAUUCUCACAAGAACUUCAGUCCAGAUUACAAGGACGACAAUUAUAUAUUGAUCGUAAAACAAUGGACAUGAAUUCAUUAGAAAUCUUGGUCAUACAUGGAUUAAAAAUGGAGGAGCUUUUGGGACCAUUUCCACGGAAAAAAUUAAGUGAUCGUUAUAGGCUUUUUGAAGAGCUAGAUCGAGAAUCCUCGCAAAUCCCGUCGUUACGAGAAAAUGUAAUUGAUAUAAGUGAUAAGGAUUUAGAAAGGAUCCAUUUAAAAUAUCCAUAUAAAGAAGGACAAAUUGAUGAAGCAAUUAAAAUCAAUUCCAACAAUUGGAAUAAAUUGAAAUGUCGAUAUAUUUUAACUUCGACAAUUAUUUUUGAUAUCUUGGAAAUGAAUGAAGAAUCCGCAAAACAUGUUUUUUAUGAUUUUUUCAAACAAACUGAUAAAAAAUCAUAUUUUAUUUCAAUAUCUAUUAAAAAGUUUAAUGAUAUAUUAUUUAUAGAUUUUGUACAUGAACUUAUUAAUUCCGAAAUUUUGACUAAGAAGAAAUAUAUGACCAAAAAUCUGAAAGAUAUAAAUUUUGUACAAGAUUUAAUUAGUUCCAAAAAUAUGUUAGAUAUAAAAUCUAUAAAAGACCUUAUGAAUUUAAAAAAUAUAUCAGAUGAAAUAUUUAUACUAGAUCUUGUUAAUUCAUCGUUUCUUGGAGAGGAUAAGAAAAAUUUAAUAAGUAUUUUCUUUGAAGAAUACAGAAAAUGGAAAGUCAUCUUUUCUAAUGAAAUUAAAGAAAUUCUACAAAAAGAUUCUCUCAUUCAAAAAUUAGCACAUCACUUAAAGGAAGAAUUUGAGCAAGAAAAGCGAAAUAUUGAAUCUCGUGAAUUUCAAAGGCUUUGUAAUGUAAUAGAAGAAAAAUAUCAAAAUAAUGGAAAUUCGCGGAUGAAUAUACAGAGUAUAACAGCAAGUUAUCCUUGUAACUCUAAUUAUCCGGCUAGGGACGAUAAUUAUUUCUGUUUCAAACAUGAGCUUGAAAUAAUUGAACCAAAACAACUACAAUUAACAAUUUGCGAGACAUCAUUAGAUCAAUCAGAGUCCUUUCAUCUACAUAAGGAAGAGUUUUAUAUCCCAACACCAAGAUUUA